CCCUCGCUCUCCCCCCCACAGCCUGCACAAUGGCCGCACCCUUUUCCGACGGUAUUGGUAUCGCCAACUUGCCCAACCAGAGGCACAAGAUCGUCGCCAAGCGCGGGGCGCACUUCACUAUUAUGGUCGUCGGCGAGUCUGGUCUCGGCAAGACCACACUGAUCAACACGCUCUUCUCCACCGAGCUCUCGCCCGCCAAGAACUACAGCAGGCGUCACCAGAAGCAGCUCGACAAGCUGACCGAGGUCGAGAUCAUCAAGGCCGAGCUCGAGGAGAAGCAGUUCAAGACGAAGCUGACCGUGAUCGACACCCCCGGCUUUGGUGACUACGUCAACAACCGCGACUCGUGGGCGCCCAUCGUCGACUUCAUCGACGACCAGCACGAGGCGUACAUGCGCCAGGAGCAGCAGCCGGAGCGGAAGGAGAAGAUCGACCUCAGGGUACACGCUUGCUUGUACUUCAUCCGCCCGACGGGCCACACCCUCAAGCCUCUGGAUAUUGAGAUCAUGAAGCGUCUGGGCACGCGUGUCAACCUCAUCCCCGUCAUUGCCAAGGCGGACACCCUCACCCACGCCGACAUGCACACCUUCAAGGACCGCAUCCGGCAAGUCAUCCAAGCGCAGGGCAUCCGGAUCUACCAGCCCCCCAUCGAGGCCGACGACGAAGUCAGCGCGGAGCACGCUCGCGUCCUCACUGAGGCGAUGCCUUUCUCCAUCAUCGGGUCGACUGAGGACGUUGUCACCCCUGACGGUCGUACGGUCAAGGGCCGCGAGUACCUGUGGGGUGUCGCCGAGGUCGAGAACGAGGCGCACUGCGACUUCCGCAAGCUGCGCUCGCUCCUGAUCCGGACGUACAUGCUCGACCUGAUCUCGUCGACGGAGGACCUGCACUACGAGAACUACCGGCAGGCGCAGAUGGAGACGCGCAAGUUCGGGGAGCAGAAGCCGCGCAAGUUCGAGAACCCGAAGUUCAAGGAGGAGGAGGAGGCGCUCCGGAAGCGGUUCACGGAGCAGGUCAAGGCGGAGGAGGCGCGCUUCCGCCAGUGGGAGCAGCACCUCAUCGCGGAGCGCGACCGGCUCAACAAGGACCUCGAGAUGGCGCACGGCGCGAUCAAGGCGCUCGAAGCCGAGCUCGACAACCUCCAGGUCGGCUACGGCCGCGGGACCGGCAGGCGGUGAGGUGCCGGUGCGUUCGUGACGGUCGCGAUCGCCAUCUGUCCCCUCAUCCCCAUUACCCGGUGCUCGGUGCCAAAAUAUUGCCAAUGCCUCCGCUGCGUCCUGUCCGCCUUGUGUCCGUCUGUUCCGUACGAUACCCCCAACCGACCUGCGUCCGCUCGUUAUACAAUAUCAUCUCCCUGUGCUUGUUGUGUUUCCUCGUACUUGUCCGUCUGUCGUGUCUGCGCGCCGCUCUCAGGCAUCUGGAAGACUUUUUCGCUUACGUAUAGCGCGAAAUAGUGGUUGUUCGUCGCUCGUUCACUUGUUUGGCUUCGGUACACGUAUUCGUUAUUACUCGUCCACUGUCUCGGUGGCCAGUAACGGAUAAUGAGCUCGUCAUGCAUGCAUUCUACUGCUUCCGGCCGGGUGUGUAUCGCACGGAAGGUUGGGUCGCUGAUCUGACCAUCUCCAGCUGAACGAGGGGGAGUUGGUUACCCCGCUCGGUGCCUAUAGACGCGGUGGAUGCAAUGACACAAGUCCGCUUCAUCAUAGGAAUUUCAUCUUUUCAAGCUGGUGGGCAUGACUUCCGACGACUGUCAUUCAAGAUCACAACGUUGUACCCACGUCCCACGGAUGUAGUUAUCCGUUAUCCGUGGUAGCUCGGGUACAUCAGGAGGGCCCGGUGCACGAAUCGCCGGCUCUUCGCCAACCGACAGAGCAGCUAUGCUCG